ACUGCUCUCACCGAUCCGAUCCGAUCCGAUCCGAUCCGAUCCGAUCUCACGUGAGACGCUGGCCACCCCGGAGCAGCCCGGCUCACAGCGAGAGGCCGGGAGCUGCGUCUGAGCUGAAUGUGGCGCCGCUGGACUGAGUCGCCCUGCGUAGCACAAGGACAUUUCCAUGAGGAUGUCCAGAUGAGACCACGGUUGUAGCGAAAAGGAUGACCAGCUCCACCCUGGAGCUCAUCUACAGCCCGAAGUCUUCCAGCUACAUCACUCAGGUUCUGGCCACGCUGGCCGUCUCGAUGGGCCCGCUGGCGGUCGGGUUGGGCAAGGGCUACAGCUCGCCGGCGCUGGCCUCGCUGGCCGGGCCGGCGUCGCUGGGCGGCCUGGCCAUCUCGCCGGAGGAGGGCUCCUGGGUGGCCAGCCUGUCGCUGCUGGGCGCGCUGGUGGGCGGCCUUCCGGCGGGGCUGGCGCUGCGGCUGGGCCGGCGGCGCACGCCCAGCUUCCUGCUGUUCCGAGGCCGCGAGCGCGAGGCCCAGGUGGCACUGCAGUGGCUGCGCGGCGCGCGCGCCGACGUCGCCGCAGAGCACGCCGUGCUUCGCGCCAACAUCCUCCAGAUCCGCCCCGGGCGGCCGCGUGCGCUGCUGCGGCCCCUCCUCGUCACGUGCGGCCUCAUGCUGCUACAGAAGUUCUCCGGCGUCAACGCCUUCAGCUUCUACGCGGUGCCGAUCCUGUCCAAGACGUUCGCGCGCACGAGCGCGCACGGCGCGGCGGUGGUGGUGUGCCUGCUCCAGAUCCUGGCCGGUCUCACCUCGGGCGUCCUGAUCGACACGGUCGGCCGGCUGCCGCUGCUGGCCGUCAGCAGCGCGCUCAUGUCGCUAGCGCUGGCCGGCUUCGGCACGUUCGUGUACGUGGUGGAUGCGAGCCAACUGCUGACGGACGGCCAGCAGGCGCCGCUCGACUGGAUCCCCAUGUCGUGCGUGCUCGUAUUUCAGGUGGCCUUCUCGCUGGGCGUCGGGCCCAUCUCGUGGCUGCUGAUUGGCGAGCUCUUCCCGCUGAGGCACCGCGGCCUCGGCGCGUUCGCCACCUCGGUCAGCUACGGCUGCGCGUUCGUCAGCGUCAAGACGUUCGUGGACCUGGAGCGAGCGCUGGGUCUGCACGGCGUGUUCUGGCUGUACGCGGCCGUCUCGGCGCUCUGCCUCGUCUUCGUGCUGGCGUGGGUGCCGGAGACACGCGGCAAGGAGCUCCCGGAGAUGGAGAGGACCGGCUGCUGAAGAGAAUAGGCCCAGACAGCCGCGGUUACAUAUCAGCUGAACUGCCGGGCGCGGCAGUCGAUGGUAUGGAGGAUUGCCGAUGGAGGAAGAAGGAGAGAGAGAGCGUUACCUGCCAAAACGCUGAGAAGUUAGGUGGGCAAGGUGGUCAAUAUCCCAAGCGCUGCAGGAGGGCUGAGAGGAAUGACCCCGGGCUGCAACCGGUGGAGGCCUCGUCUGGAUAGUGGAAGCAUAGGCAUGCAAAUACUGAGAGAAUUGGCGGACUGGAGAACGUGGCGAGCGGUUCCAGAAGACGGUCGACUCACUGAGGUGGUAACGUUCGAAGCCCCAGAAUCAGUCAAGCUGCCGCUGGAACUGGUCAGCCAGGAGAGGCCUGUCGGCUGAGUUAUCAAAAUCCGGCACGCUUCUGAAGGGAUCAACGGAGAAAGGGCAGCGCUGUAUCACUCCAGCUCCUGUCAGGGAGGUCAGACGAGAAGAGCUGCUCGAGGGGCAGGAAUGAGGAGACGGAUCGGUCAGUAGGCUGGCUACAGUGUCGGAGAACACGCUGCCUGAGCGACAGCUCGGUCGUUGAGCAGACUAACGGACCAGCGGAGACGAGCGCUGUUGUGACAGAUAAAAUGGAGUGGGUUAGCGCGCGAAGAUGAAAGUGGCUGAAGGUACCCAGAGGCGAUGAAAGCAGAGAGGCACGUCGCAUAUAUGUUGAAUGUGAAUGCUGAUGGAGCUUUUCAGUCUUCCACGCCCUACCAUCUACCUCCGUAUUGUUUGUAGCGCCGCAUGCCAGUACAAUCCACAUCCCUGGGCCAAGCGGUGGCCCGAGUUAAGACACGCUUGUUUUUCUACGUCGAGCGCCGGGCGUCCAUCCGCCACGUUUGUUGUUACUAAUCGGAGUUGUAUGUUUGUUAUGUAUCAUUCAGCAGCAUAGGCGCUCCUCACGUACUAUUGUAUUGUUACCAGCCGAUCUCAACCAGCUGCUCUGUGCACCCUUCAAAGUGUCUUGUAGUACAACUUCGCCAGCAGUGAGGCUUUAACCAACGCGUCGUAAUUUACAAUAGAACAGCUCUACGCGCA